AUGUUUACUUUGUUAUUUCUUGCCAAAACUCAACCUCACGUAGAGAGAUCGAAAUAUGUCGAGGAACUUACUGAUGAUACAUGGGAAAAAACUAUUGAGCAGAGAGAUAAUUCAACCACAUGGUUUGUCUUAUUUUUCGGAGACUUUUGUCCAGCUUGUCGUCAGGCAGCCCCAUUAUUCAAUGAAGCAGCAAAGCAACUUAACGGAUACAUAAAAUUCGGAAGUGUCGAUACAACAAGAUAUGGAACAGCGGCUUAUGAAUACAAAGUUAAGUAUUUACCAACUUUCAUCAUAUUCCAUCAAGAUGGUUUUGAUUAUUACAGCGGUGGAAGAUCUGUUGAGCACUUUGUUGACGCUCUUUCACCGUUUUAUGAGGGCUGUUUAACAGAUAUCAACACCGAGCUCGAAUUAAUCGAUGGAAACUCAGCAGUUAUGUUUUCAUUAAAGAAAACAUCGCCCUUGUACUGGAAAACACUCUCUUGCAAGCUAAAGGACGUUGCAAAAUUAGGUUAUUCAACAAAUCCAUCGCUAAAAAUCAAAUACAGCCUUUUCAGCCCUUCUGGAAUAGUUAUGCAUAACAAAACUAAUACAGUUGUUUUAAAUAACCUCAGAAAUUUCUCUCAAAACGUCAUAAGUUUCUUUGAAGGUACAUAUCAUGAAGAAUUACCACCUCCAGAACUUUAUUUACCAUCAGAAUUGACAUCUCAAUGUCAUGAACAAGUUAAAUUAUGCGUUUGUAUUAAUUCUGACAGAAUUGACUCAGAAUUAUCGAAACACAUCAACAACUAUGCUGGAAAACCAAUUAAAUUCUUUCAAGGAAAUUCUAGAUGGCCAAUUGAUACAAUUUCCAACUCUCUUUACUCGAUUUUUAGUAAUGACCUUAAGAACUACAUCCCAGCUAAUGAAAUCAACGAAUUAUUUGCUAAUUUGAACCAAUGCUUAUUUAAAUACCAAUCUUGCCCAUUUACACCUGUUCAAUAA